CCCGCCUCCGAGGCGCCUGACGCUGAACCGCAGCCCCUUCUCAUUUCCAGUCCCGCAGAUCUCCAUUUUCUUCUUUCGCGAUAUUCAGUAGCGGAGGAGUGAAGAUUUGGAAAAAUGAAUGAAGAAUACGACGUUAUCGUUUUGGGCACCGGGCUUACGGAAUGCAUUCUAUCAGGAAUCAUGUCUGUGAAGGGGAAGAAGGUUCUGCACAUGGACCGCAACUCCUACUACGGAGCUGAGAGCGCCUCUAUCACCCCUCUUGAAGAUCUCUACAAGCGCUUUGAACUUCCGGGAAAACCUUCUGAUUCAAUGGGAAAAGGCCGCGAUUGGAAUGUGGACCUCAUUCCGAAAUUCCUGAUGGCCAAUGGUCAGCUGGUGCGCAUGCUGCUGAUCACCAAGGUGACCCAGUAUCUGGACUUCAAAGUGAUUGAGGGCAGUUUUGUCUACAAGGGGGGCAAAAUCCACAAAGUUCCCUCUACCGAGACUGAGGCUCUGUCAUCUAGUCUGAUGGGGCUCUUUGAGAAACGGCGCUUCAAGAAAUUGCUCCAGUUCAUCUCCAACUUUGACGAGAGCAACCCCAAAUCCAUGGAGGAAGUUGACCCCCAGAAAACUACCAUGAGGGCCAUUUUCCAAAAGUUCAGCCUGGGCCAGGAGGUCAUGGACUUCACCGGCCACUCCCUUGCCCUCUACCGCACAGACGAUUACCUGGAUCAACCAUGUGUUGAGACAAUAAACAGGAUCAAGCUUUACAGUGAGUCUCUGGCCAGAUAUGGCAAGAGCCCGUACCUCUACCCACUGUACGGCCUGGGAGAACUGCCUCAAGGGUUUGCCAGACUGAGCGCCAUCUACGGUGGGACGUACAUGCUGAACAAGCCCAUUGACGAGAUCGUUGUGGAGAACGGGAAGGUGGUUGGAGUCAAGUCCGAGGGAGAGAUUGCCAGAUGCAAGCAGCUGAUCUGCGACCCCAGCUACGCCAUGGACCGCGCCACCAAAGUCGGCCAGGUGAUCCGUGUCAUCUGCAUCUUGAGUCAUCCAAUUGCCAACACUGGUGACAUCAACUCUUGCCAGAUCAUCAUCCCCCAGAAUCAGGUCCAAAGGGAGCAUGACAUCUACGUUUGUAUGAUCUCCUCUGCUCACAAUGUGGCAGCACAAGGCAAGUACAUCGCCAUCGUCAGCACCACGGUGGAAACAAACGACCCUGAGAAGGAGAUCAAGCCGGCCCUGGACCUGCUGACGCCCAUCGAGCAGAAGUUUGUCAGCAUCAGUGACCAGUACGCACCCACCGACAUGGGCGCCGACAGUCAGAUUUUCAUCUCCCGCACGUAUGAUGCCACAACUCACUUCGAGACAACUUGUGAUGACAUCAAAGACAUCUACAAGAGAAUGACGGGCUCAGACUUUGACUUUAACGAGAUGGAGCGCAAGAAGCAGGACACCUUCGGCGACGCCUGCGACUAGAGGCCUGCUGCCAUCCUGAUGAUUACACACAGCGACAACUGAAACAAAAAAUAGUAAUUAAAAAAAACACAAAUGUACACACCUAUGGGCUGGCUGGUCAUCCGAGUAAAUGGUUUAGCCCAUUCAUGAUAUAUAUAGAGAUGAUAUAGUAUUGUUGGAUAGGGUUCAGGGAGGGAGUUUUGCUUUUUAAGCCCACACUCGGAUGGAUGUUGCACUAAACGCUGGUUAUGGCUGGUGUACAGUAAUGCCCUACAUUCUUCUAGCGCAUCAUGUCAAGAUGAUUUAUAGUCCAAAGAUGCCGAAUCAAAUAAUAAUUCACAAAACUAUCUUAAAUACUGGGUAUGUUUGGGGUGUCAAAAUGGUUUGUCAUUGUAUAAAACGCGUUUGGAAGAUAAAUAUUAUGUAUACAUCAGA